GGGGUGGUCCGUGCGGAUGUUGUAAUGAUUCACAUACGUCACUUUUUAACGACGUUAGCUUCCGCCAGUCUUGGGGCUUGGCCUCUGACGAAACAUCUGCCGAUUUGGAGAAACAGAAGCAUUUCCACGGAGGUCCUGAAAAAAAAGCUUCUUAUACAAGGCAGCGCUGCCGCCCCGCUCACAGCCGUCUCUGUGUCUCUCAGGGCUGCCGCCCCGCUCACAGCCACCAUGUCGUUCGGGAGGCAGGACAGCUACCGCUCGCUGGCGCGAGAUUUCAGCUCCCUCAUCCAGACCUGCAGCUCCAACAUCCAGAAGAUCACGCAGAACACGGCCCAGAUUAAGAGCUUGCUGUACCAGCAGGGCUCUAAGCAAGCCUCCCCCGAGCUGCAGGACAGACUGCAGCAGGUGCAGCACUACGCAAACCAGCUGGCCAAGGAGACCAACAAACACUUGAAAGACCUGGGAGCCCUGCCCUCCCCCCAGUCCCCCUCUGAGCAGAGGCAGCAGAAGCUGCAGAAGGAGCGUCUCAUGAGCGAUUUCUCGGCGGCGCUCAGCAGCCUCCAGGGGGCGCAGCGGCAGGCGGCGCAGAAGGAGAAGGAGUCCGUGGCUCGCGCCCGUGCCGGCUCCCGCCUCUCCGCUGAAGACAGCAGUCGAGAUGAGCAGCUUGUUUCCUUUGACAAUGAUGACUGGGGACAAAAACAGAGCCAGGAGGAGGAGGUGGCGAUCACCGAGGAGGAUCUGGAGCAGAUCAAAGAACGCGAGACCAACAUCCGACAGUUGGAGUCAGACAUCAUGGACGUGAACCAGAUCUUCAAGGACCUGGCGGUUAUGAUCCAUGACCAAGGGGAGAUGAUAGAUAGCAUAGAGGCUAACGUGGAGAAUGCGGAAGUGCAUGUGGAGCGAGGGGCAGAGCAGCUUCAAAGAGCUGCGUACUACCAGAAAAAGUCACGUAAGAAGAUGUGCAUCCUGGCGCUGGUCCUGUCGCUCGUGGUUACCAUCCUGGGCAUCAUUAUCUGGCAGGCCGCCAAAUGAGCUCCUGCCUGCGCUGGCUUCUCAUUGGCUGUCCUCUCAGCCGGGAGGCGGGGCAUUGUGUCUCACCCUCCACAGAAACGCCUGCAUCACUGGCUAGCCCCGCCCUCCUGAGUCACAUGAUCUUAAACCACCCAAUGAGGGAGGAGACUGAGCGCAUGGACUGUACUUAAUGCCACACCCCUCCCCUUCUCUGAUGUGUGUGAUAUGUACUGCACUAAACUAAACUCCAUCUGACGCAUUCUGAAGAGCAAUGAUUAUUCUGAUUGUUAUCAUUGUAGUUAUGGUGCAGGUGUCUGUAGGACUCGAUGCGGUUUUGGUAUCAUGUACAUAAAUGCCACCGUGGUGCUUCUGUCCAUUCCCUGGCUGGAGUGUCCCUGUUCUGCUGUGUGUCAUGAGGACCGUCAUGGUGACGUUACACUGACGUUACACUGACGUUACACUAAUGUUACACUGACGUUACACUAAUGUUACACAGCGUCUCCCCUCCGUCUCUCAUUCCCGCUGCUCUCCUUCUCUCAUAUUCCUACUGCUCUCAGCUGUUGGCAGGGUGGGUUACCUGGGGCUCAGACUCAUUUCAUGUGGUUUAGUUGUACAUGUGCCCUUUAGCGAAAGUGUUUAUUAUUAUUAUUAUUAUUAUUAAGUACCCAUUACUGGUACCAAAAUAUGAACUUUCAGUCUUAAAAAAUGCUAAACAAAAACAAAAAAAAAAGAAGAGAAAGGAAAAUCCCACCAUGUUUCUUUACGUAAACCUGAGUUUUACUGUAUAUAUACACAUGAUUUAUAUUAGAAUAUUAAAGUGAAAAUGUCUUAAA